AUGAGCGAUCAAGAGGUCAAGGCCCCCGAGGCUGUCGAUGUUCAGAUGCCUGACACCACCACCGAGCUCCAGCCUGAUGCCCAAGUCGACACCAAGACCGAUGCAACUGAGCCUGAGACUGAGCCCAAGCCUGAGUCUAGCACCACUGAGGAAAAGCCCUCCGAGGUGGCACCAGAUGCCCAGGAUGAUGGCAAGACCGAUAGCCAGGGGCCUAGCAUUAACAACCCACCCAAAGACAUGCUCAAGGUUAAGCGCCCUGAGACCACCAAGAAGGGCAAGACUGGCAACAAGUUUGACGUCUCGGACCUUCCAGAGACUGAUGAUCCUGACUUGAUCCGCCGCCAGAUCCAAUUCUACUUCAGCGACAGCAAUCUCCCGACUGACAAGUUCCUGUCUGAUCUCACUGGUCUGGCCGAGAACAAGCCUGUCCCUCUCAAGACCAUCUGCUCCUUCAAGCGCAUGCGCCGCUUCCAGCCUUACUCCGCCGUUGUCGCUGCCAUGAAGGAGAGCAAGGAUCUUAUUGUCGACGGCCCUGAGGGUGAGGAGACUCUCCAGCGGAAGAAGCCCUUCGAUCCUACAAGACGUACCAAGAUCGACGAGCGAAGCGUCUAUGUCAAAGGAUUCGGUGAGGAGGGCCAGUCAACUCAGUUGGAUAUCGAGGCCUUUUUCACACAGUUUGGCGAAACCAACUCCGUCCGCCUUCGACGUGGAGACGAUGGCGGUUUCAAGGGUUCCGUCUUCGUUGAGUGGGCCGACCAAGAGGCGGCCGACAAGUUCAUGGCCCUCGACCCUCAGCCCAAGUGGAAGGAUCACGACAUGCUGAUUCUCCGCAAGCUGGUCUAUCAGGAGCAGAAGAACGAGAAGUUCCGAAACGGAGAUGGAGAGCUUUCUGGACCUAGACGUGGUCGUGGCAACUUCAGAGGUGGCCGUGGUGGUAACCGUGGUGGCUCUGAUAACUGGAAGGAUCGUCGGGAUCGUGAUCAGAAGAAUGGCCACCGGGACCAGCGCGGCCGUGGACGUGGCCGAGGUCGGGGUAACCGGGGCCGAGGCAGAGACCAUGGUGGCUCGCGUCGAGACCAGGAGGAUGAGAAGCCCAAGGUCCAGCCUAGCGGUGACGGCAGGCCCAAGAUCCACACCAGCGAGGACAAGCCUUCGGAAAAUAAGACCAAUGGCAAGCGUACUCGCGACGAAGACGGCCAGGGGGCUCCUCCUGCCAAGAAGGUUGACACCAAGGAGGCUGCUACUGAGGCAUCAUGA